CAGAGAACACGAGUGUGUGUUGGUCAAAAUGAGCUGGUUGUGGCCAUGGAUUUCGCUGUUUUGGAUGUUGAAGAUGGACAGUGUAAGAACGUCACGUGUGGCUCUUCAGAGCUGCAGCCCAGAGGAUUUUCAACAUGCUGAGGAGUACCUCCAUCAUUUCUUCCACCUGAAAAUGCGUGAGUACAAUAAGAGACGUGCAGAACGCAUGAAGGACAAGAUCAGAGCAAUGCAGCAUUUCUUUGACCUGAAGGAAACUGGUUUUCUGGAUCAUAAAACCUUGAAUGGGAUGAAAGAGGCAAGAUGUGGAGUCCCUGAUGUGGAAAACUUCAGCUUUUAUCCUGGGCGGCCCAAAUGGAAGAGCAACAUCAUUACUUACAGGAUUGCGAGAUUCACUCCAGAUCUCCGGCCGGAAGAUGUGGAAAGCUCCUUGCAUUUGGCUCUGAAAAUAUGGAGCGACGCUGCUCCUCUGAAGUUUGUCCAAGUAAAGGAGGGCAGAGCAGAUAUCACCUUCUCCUUCAACUCCAAAGCUCAUGGAGACUUCUUCCCUUUCGACGGGCCUGGAGGGGUGCUGGCACACGCCUUUGAGCCUGGAGAGGGACUUGGUGGAGAUGUGCACUUUGAUGAUGAUGAAAUAUGGACGGUGGGACGCGGCAGACCAGGAUAUAAUCUGUUCACGGUGGCGGCUCAUGAGUUGGGUCACUCUCUGGGUCUUUCUCACUCCAAAGAUCCGACUGCUCUCAUGUAUCCAAAAUACAAGUUCAUCAACGCCGCAACAUUUAAACUGCCCAGAGACGACACACUUGGCAUCCAGGCUUUAUAUGGAAAGAAAACAAGACAGCAGGAGCUUGUAAUCCCUAAAAAAUGUGAUGCCAUUUCUUUUGAUGCAGUGACAGUACUCGAAAAAGAAAUCAUUUUCUUUAAAAACAGUUACAUGUGGAUGAGAACAAACUGGAGCUCAUACUGGAACAGACUCAAGGAAGGACCUCAGAGUGUUUUUCUACCCAGCAUUCCCUCACCUGUAGACGCAGCUUAUGACAUUCCUUCGAAACGAGUGGCGUAUGUGUUCACAGGCUCUAAAUAUUGGGUGGUUCAGAAACUAGAGUCAAAGAGCUAUUAUUAUGGCUCCAUCUAUGAGUUUGGAAUUCCAGAAAUUGUACGACAAAUAGAUGCUGCUGUUCAUGUGAGUGAAGAGGGAAAGACCUACUUUUUUACAGGAGACUACUACUUCAGUUAUGAUGAAAAACGAAAUGUAAUGGAUCGUGGAUUUCCAAGGAAAAUCAAUACGGGCUGGCCUGGCAUCGUUGGGAAAGUGGAUGCAGCUUUUGAACUCAAUGGACGCGUUCACCUCUUCUGCAGAUCAAGGUCAUUUAUCUUCAAUCAUCAGAAAAGACGUUUGCUGCACACUAUGAACACUAAUGCUUGGCUGGGCUGCUAACUGUUGAAAAAUGAUAAGGAGAACACUAAUCACAAGUGCAGGAUGUAUGAUUGCCUCAUGUCAAAUGUUAAAUGAGUUUAAGAGUUUUCUGAAUCCCUUAUAAGGUAAAGAGUCAUUAGUGGAAUUAAUACAUUUGAUCAAAUGAGAUAUAUUCAGUAUAUCUUUGAAAAGAACCAAGUGCUGCAAAUCUAUGAUUGCAAGCCAUUUUAAAUACAAAGUAUUACAGAGCAUGAAAGAUUAAUUUAUAUUGAUUCAAAUAUCAACUUUUUUUGUUUUAGACUUUUUAUUGGUUAUAACACACCUUUAGAUUCAGGCAUUCAGAUCUGUUUAAACAUUGUAAAAAUUAUAAUACAAAAGUCAGUAAAACAAAUGUUAUGUUGCUUUAACUUAAUUAAAUAAGUAAAUCAGGUUUCAACUCUGAGUUAUGCAAAGCUUAAAUUAAUAUUUCAGUCAGUUUGAUUGAUGCUGGGAGUGGGAACUAAAUUGAGAAAAUUUGAAAACAAAUUACAAAAAAUUAUGGCAGCAAGUUUUUUACAGUGAUGAAACAACUUUAGUAUUUUAGUAUCUCAUUUCUGUGAUACAAAAAACUCACACUGUCUCAGGAGUGUUUAGUUAGAAAUAUACACUUUUGUCAGCCUUUAGUUGGUGAAAAAUAACCUUUGAAAGUGUAUUCGUCAUUAAAUCAGUCAAUAGAUUUGUUAAAAUUUGGAUUUGUCCAGUAAGUCUUUAUUAGCGAUUCAUUGAAUCAUUCAGGGGUGACGCAGUGGGGCAGUAGGUAGUGCUGUCGCCUCACAGCAAGAAGGUCGCUGGUUCGAGCCUCGGUUAGGUCAGUUGGCGUUUAUGUGUGGACUUUGCAUGUUCUCCCUGCGUUCGCAUGGGUUUCCUCUGGGUGCUCCGGUUACCCCCACAGUCCAAAGACAUGCAGUUCAGGUGAAUUGGGUAGGCUAAAUUGUCUGUAGUGUAUGAGUGUGAAUGAGUAUGUAUGGAUGUGUCCCAAAGAUGGGUUGCAGCUGGAAGGGCUGCGUAUCCACUGCGUAAAACAUGUGCUGGAUAAGUUAGCGGUUCAUUCCACUGUGGCGACCCCAGAUUAAUAAAGCGACUGAGCCAAGAAGAAAAUGAAUGAAUUAAUGAAUCAUUCAGGACAAAUAAAAAAAAAUUAAGUUACAUUGUUUCCCGAACCUUUCCUAAACUGAGUAUUUUGAUCUUUUCAGAACGUGUUUUAAUUUUGUACCAAAAUAAUUAUUUAUGCUUUAAAGCAGAUCUCAUGUAACGUGUGUGAAAAAUACUACAGUAAAAACUUUAACAAUCAGUAUUAAUUUAAAAUAGUGAUUAACAGUUUGCUGAAUACUGUAGAUCUAUAUCACUUAUUGAAUGACUAGUUUAAUAAACAAAUGUGUAAAUAUGAUCAGAACCUUAAGUUCCACUAGUUAAAAGAACCAUAAUUUCUAGAAACUUUCUUUCAUUAGUGGCUAAAUAUUGCUGCUGUUUAAUUUUUGAUUCAUUCAUUAUACGUAUGAUCUCUGAUAAACACACAGGAAAAGUAAUUAGAAAGGGUAAAAAUAACUGAUGUAAAGCCCUAAGACAUGGUGCCUCUGAUAUGAACUGAUAUGGUGUGUUGACCUAAAUAGUUUGGAUUAGCUAUCAAAAUAACAGGAGCUCAGACUGCAUAUGAGCAAUGAGAAUGUUAAACAGCUGGGCAAAUGUUUUAUGGUAGCCUGCAGCACAUGACAGGACGUUGCUUGCCCUGAUUCUUUUUCUCAGUAACCUCAUUUUACCUUAUAAGCCACGAUACAUUUUACAUUUAAAUGCAUUUUCUUGGUUAACCAAUAAUAUGUUGACUGACAUUUUAUUACAUUGUUUAUUUGUUCAUUAAGGCAGUCUUUUUUUUUUAACAAAAAAGCUUUACAAAAA